AGCUCGAGCGUCGUUCGUCAAUCGGCAUAGCCGUUCAAAUGUCGUGGCACAAGUAGAAAAAUAUCACACAUCGACCGCGACGAGUAAUUUUCGCGACAGAAAGUAAAAAUAUAUUUUUUAUAUUUUUUAUCGUACACUACUUCGAGUCGUACUUGUGAAAAGAAUUGAAAGAUGGCCGAUGAAGUCCAAGGUAGUUCAUUUCUACGUCGAUUUUACCCGUGGAUGAAAAAUUGGGAAGGAAGACUCACAAAUCUCCUGGAAAUUUUUCGAAAGGAAGAAAUCGAUUGGCUUCUUCAGGAGUCCUUGAUCGACGAGCCCAAUCAGCAAGGAAUACAAUUCGUUAUAGCCGUGACUCAAACCGACUACAAAGACGAGCCCGUCGUUGGCGAUGACGGCAAGCCAUCGUCGAGUCGCACCACAGCAUUGCAUCACGCGGCUAGACUCUGCCCCUUCGACGCGAAUAUUCUGGUCCCCGGCCUGUUCAAAAUAUACGACAGAUUUGACGUGAAUUACACCGACGUCGAGUCCGGGCUCACGCAUUUCCACAUAGCCUGCGAAUUCGGAUGCGAAGAAGUCGUCCAACGAUUUCUCGAGCUCGGCCAGGAUCCCAAUCUCGUCGCGGCAAAUGCAUCGGUCGAUCCACCGCUGCACACGGCUCUGAAAAGUGCCAACGCGAACGUGAUCGAGUUGCUGCUGAAACACAAAGCCGAUCUGAACUUAACCAACGGAAACGGAUCGACGGCCUUACACCUGAUUUGCGAGAAGUACGAUGACUUUGCGGAGGUAUUCUUACGGAUCAUCGACGAGUCGAAUCAGACGUUGCGAGUCAACGUCGGGGACAGAGCAGGCGAGACACCGCUGCACGUGGCACUACGCCACAACAAUGCGAAGGCGGCUAAAUUGUUGUUAAGAAGAGGCGUCGACCUGAAUCGGACCAACAAUGAAAUAGAGACCCCUCUGCACCUGAUAUGCAAUAUGCAGGAUGACCUGCAGGUAUUAUUUGAUUUUUUCGAGAUCAGCGAAGAAAGAAAGCAGACGAUCGAUAUCGACGCCGAGGAUGGCUUGGGCAACAGACCAUUGCACAAUGCUCUGAGCAACGGCAAAAAGAAUGCCACCAAAUUGCUGCUGAGAAAAGGCUCCGAUCCCUGUCAUGCCAACUCGUGGGGAUUCACUCCGCUGCACUUGAUCGCCCAGGGCACAGUCGACGACGACUUCGUGAAGACGUUCUUCAGGAUCGCCGAUCAAUUCGAUCGAGUGGAGGUCUUCGAUCAUCAGGACGUGUUCGGUCGGACGCCGCUCCAUUACGCCGUGGCGAGCGUCUUGCCGAAUACCGUCGGUUUCAUCUUGGAUCGUGGAGCCAGUCUGUGCGGCUUCGUUUAUCCCGACGAGAGUCACUUCGACACGUCAUACGUGCCACUGUACGAUCCGAUAACUUUUGACGCUUGUAAACUGAGACGGGCGUCGGGCGCUCUGAUGAUCGCCGAAUACCUCGUGCAGGCCGGAUACCGAAUCAGGGAAAGCGACGCCUUGACGAUCAUGACGUCGUUCGCCAGGCACCAAAUGUUCGAGCAGCCGAUGGAUCCUCGACAGUCACCUUGGUACGAGGACGAGGAGUUCGCCGAAAAAGCGAGGCAGAUAGGGAAAAUAUAUUUCGGCGUCACGCUCCACGACUUGAUCCGCGGGAGACCCGAACAGGCGAUGAGGCGACACCACAUCGAGGACUACUACGAGUUCGCCUGCUCCGUCGACUGGUUACGACUGCCCGAAGGACAGAAAGCCGCCUGCGAGGUGCACCUGUGCGAGAAGCUCGCGAGGCCAUUUUUCCGCUACUGGGGUGUGAGGGCUUUCGUGCAGUGGACGGGCGAUCGGCAGUUGAUGGAGCGCAGCAGCACGAUCCUCGUCGACGCGACGAACGAGGAAUUGUACAGGAUUUGCUUGACGGCUGCGGGUCGAGAGCUGCCGGAACCAUAAUUAUAUUUUACACAAAUAUUUUUAUAUAUUUUAAUGACCGACGAAUUAUGAUAUUUUGGAGAAUUUUCAUAUCACACAUAUGAAUAAAUUUUCUCAGAUUUCUUUUGUUUUAA